UUCGCGUUGCAUUCUGGGACUUUUAUGUAAAAGCAACAUGGCGGCCGCCUGCACCAGAACGCUUUGUAAGGUCGGUAGGAGUAUAUUGACGUCUCCAGCCGCCCGCCGGCCCGGUACCGUCUCCUACUUAGUGGGGAAUGUGAGCUCACGAGGGUCCAGGAGGGCGUACCGUACCAACGGGUACCGCUCCGAGCUGUUGUCCUCUCUGCAGACAGGAGUAGGAGGCAGAGUGCUGGGCUGUGCCGUCCUGCUCGGUGGAGGUUUGGGUUUCUAUCACACAGUGAAGUUCAGGGUCCAGCAGCUCCUGGCCCAGGAGGAGACCAAGGUCUCAGGAGGAGGUCUGAGGUUGACCCUGUAUCAGUACAAGACCUGCCCGUUCUGCAGCAAGGUGCGAGCGUUUCUGGACUACCACGGGCUGCCGUACGAGGUCGUGGAGGUGAACCCGGUGAUGAGGAAGGAGAUCAAGUGGUCGGUGUACAGAAAAGUUCCCAUCCUGAUGGUGGAUGGCGAAGUGCAACUGAAUGACUCGUCUGUCAUCAUCAGCUCCCUCAAGACAUAUUUAGUUAACAAGGAGAGAAGCAUGUCUGAGAUCCUUCACUGCUACCCUGAGAUGAAGUCUGUGAACGAACGUGGGAAGGAGGUGACGGAGUACAACAACAAGUACUGGGUGAUGCUGGGUGAGGCUGAGACCACGGAAAUAUACCCCGAGAAGGGGAUGCAGAAAGAGGAGAUGAAGUGGCGUCAGUGGGCCGAUGAUUGGCUUGUGCAUCUCAUAUCUCCCAACGUGUACCGGACUACCGGCGAGGCCCUGGCAUCCUUUGACUACAUUGUGCGCGAGGGAAAGUUUGGUACUUUUGAAGGUUUCUUUGCCAAAUAUGUUGGCGCUGCGGCCAUGUUUGUCAUCGCCAAAAGGCUGAAAAGUCGACACAACCUGCAGGACGACGUCAGGCAGGAUCUCUACAAGGCCGUCAACGACUGGGUGACAGCCAUCGGCAAGAAGAGGAAGUUCAUGGGUGGAGAUCAACCCAACCUGGCGGACCUGGCGGUGUUUGGUGUCCUCCGAGUGAUGGAGGGCUUGCAGGCGUUUGACGACAUGAUGGCUAACACCAGGGUCAAACACUGGUACCGACGGAUGGAGAGGGCGUCGCUUAAUCACGAGGGCCGACAGCACUGAAACUUAACUGGAGGCAAACCGGUGAAAGAAGGAGACCGCACAACACCGAGAUUCCAGCCUCAAAAAGACUGAACAAUAAACAGCCAAGACAGUCAGUGACCGGUGGCAGGAAGCAAGAAGUCCUGCAAAAAUUGUAAAAUGGUUUGACAAUAGUUUUUUUUCCCCAGAUAGAAACACAUGCGUGUAAACCUGUUAACUGCAGACAUUUAUGAAAAUAAAGAGAUCACACACCAAAAUACUGUAUGCAACUAGAUCAUUUUACCCUUUAAUAACCAAGCUGCUCAAAUCUGUUUAUUUUAGGGCAUUUUACUGACCUCUACUGGUUAACUGUGGGAACUGAAACAAUGCAAACAAAACAUUUAACACCAUAAAGUCAUAUUUUCAGAAUACAAACAAAACAAAUUGUUAGUCAUACCUUUUGAUAAAGCAAUUCUAACAACUUCCUGCACAGUUUUGCUUUAUGGGAUGGGGAAAACAGUGUAUUGUUCCUUUAAGACAGGCUACAGAGUUUCCAUGCAGAUGUGUAGAAUGAGUUUUACACAUUUACAGGCCUUUAAUGGUGUCACAAAAAUGCUAUUUCACACAGUACUGUAUAAUUUUGUUUAAUUAACAUGGUUUAUUUCAGUGGUUGUCAACCAAAGAUGUUGUUCCUGCAAGUACUUACAAGCUUAUAUUUAUGAAAAAAAUCAGCUAAAUUCAUUUAAUUUAAAGCAGACACAUUCAGAUCAUCACCGCUCUGUCUGGAAUAAAAGGGGUUACAGGUACCAUGAGAUCUCUCGUUUCUUUCAGGUGAUUGUUUCUCUGGAACUGAUGCAGGAUCAGUCUGGCAGCGAACUCGAUAGGCUCUUCUGCUGGUGUUCUCUUUAAGCUAAAAUGUAAGAACUGGUGAACUGCCAGUUUGAAUGUACUUAAUAUGUAAACUGCAUAUUAAUUGUAUUGAACCAACUCAUGUGCAUAGUUG